CCCGUUACCUGCGCCGCGGCCUGGCUGGGGAAGUGGGCGGCGCCCCUCCGCCGCUCAUUCUGCCCGCGGCCCCGGAGGAGACAGGCGACGCAGACGGCCCAGGUCUCCCCGCUGGCCGCGGCCGUGCCAUGCUGUGCCGUGCCCGCCUGACGCUGGUGGCGGCGGCGCUGCUGGCGCUGGGGGCCCCGCGCGGCGGCGGCGCCCGGCUCCUGGAGUGGUACACGGCGUGGGUGAGCACCGCCUACACCGAGCCGCUCAGCAACCGCACGGUGCGGGGCAGCGCCGAGAGCGGCCGCUACGGGGACAGCUCCCCCAAGGAGAGCGCGCAGGGCCUGGUGGGCAUCCCCCGCGGCGCCUCCGCCCGCCACAUGGACGGCUGCGCCUCGGACACCGACUACGAUGUGCCUCUGCCGCCGGGGAGCCGCGGGCCGCCCGGCGGGGAGCCGCCGCCGCCCUGGAUCGCGCUGGUGGCCCGCGGGGGCUGCACCUUCAAGGACAAAGUCACCAACGCGGCCCGGAAGCGGGCGGUGGCCGUGGUGAUCUACAACGAGCCCCGCUUCGGCAACGCCACCGUCUCCAUGUCCCACCUCGGAACGGGCAAUACAGUGGUAAUUAUGGUUGGAUAUCCAAAAGGGAUAGAAAUUUUGGAACCAGUACGCAGAGGGAUUCCAGUAAAAAUGACUAUUGGUGUUGGCACAAGACAUGUGCAAGAAUAUAUCAGUGGACAGUCAGUUGUGUUUGUAGCCAUCGCUUUUAUCACCAUGAUGAUUAUAUCACUAGCCUGGCUCAUAUUUUACUAUAUACAACGUUUUCUAUAUACUGGGUCACAAUUUGGAAGCCAGGGCCACAGAAAAGAAACCAAGAAAGUGAUCAACCAGCUUCAGUUGCAUACUGUUAAGCAUGGAGACAAGGGUUUAGAUGUUGAUGCAGAAAAUUGUGCUGUGUGCAUUGAAAACUAUAAACUGAAAGAUAUUGUCCGAAUUCUUCCAUGCAAGCAUAUCUUUCAUAGGACUUGCAUUGACCCCUGGCUGUUGGACCACAGAACUUGUCCAAUGUGUAAACUAGAUGUCAUCAAAGCUCUGGGAUAUUGGGGUGAACCUGAAGAUGCACUUGAAGUUGCAAUACCUGAAUCGAUAAGUGGCAGUGUAUCAGUAGGAAGUUUGAGUAUUGCUUUACAAGAAGAUGAUAGAAAUGAAGUAAGCGAUUUGUCAGCCUCCUCAACUAAUGAAUCUGUGUUACAGUGUAACAGUUUAAAAGAGGAUGCAGGUGAAACCACAGCAUUGCUUGACAUGGAUGGCAGUGAUAGUCGGCAUGGAGAACAUCUGUCUAAUGGAAAUUCCCACUGAAAAACUUCAUGGAAGACUGAUUAGACUGCUUAAAGAACUUUUUAUUUAAUUAGUAUGAACUUUUGCCUAGUUGAUGGAAAAAUAACAAUGUAAUUUAUUUUAUCUUGAGAACUUUUCUAGUUCAUGUUCCAAAAGGGCUAAUAACUAAGAAUUUUGUAUAAAGAGGAUUUUUUAAAACUAGUCUGUCUGAUCCUAUGAAAGAUGCAAUACCUCUGUUGAUAUAAGAAUUAUUACAAUGUCAGUGUGUUCCAGAGGGCUGUAACAAAGAUGUAGACUAAGAUGAGAGAACAGAAUAUAAAAAGUUUAAUGGAUAAAUGUUGGUUACCCUGUGUUUACGUUUAGCAUGUACAUAAAGAUGAAAGCAUUUACAACACUACAUUUUAUUAAACCGUACUUUAAAAAAACAAAUUAAAUUUUGCUGUAACUGGAGCUGGAUGUUUAAGAAGCAUGCAAAUAGAUUGUGAAAAUAUCAAAUAAUUUCUUUGAUAUUACAUGGCAUCUUCCACUCCUCCCACCACUGGAUGAAAAAUAAUUGAUGGUUCUUAUCAUUGGUUCUUAGUGUUUUCCAACUCAGAGCUGAGUACUUAAAUUUUUCCAUCUCGUUAACUUCUACCAGUAACAGUUGACUUCAGUGUCUUUGCGGGAUAGUCUUAACAAGUUGAGCAUGUUGACUUACCUAGCAUUCAUGUCAGUUACUUCCCUCUCAAUGUUUAAAUCAGUAAAACCGAGUAGAAAAGGGCUAUUAUGGCUAGGGAAUUUAUUUCUGUUUUAGACUUUCCUGAUUUCCCUCUUGCCCCCAUUUCCAUGUGCACAAGUUGGGAUCCCUUCUUAAGAUCUUUUUAUGAAGCUAGGGGUCUUUGCUUUUAUCCCAUAGCCAAAAGGAAUUUCCUAGUUUAUUUCCCAUUAUGACUUUGACUGGGGUUGUCAUUAGUUUUUUCCUUUGCUAGAUUAGCAGUAUUGUGCCUUUAUAGUUGGUUGGUUUUUUUUUAAAGCACUUAUUAUUAAACCCGAAGCAUCAGAGAUGAAAUACCAACCCUGUUUCUUUUUGACCUCCUGUUCAGAUAGUUACAUACGAUAGAUAAUAUAAGGAAAUGCUAAAUUGUUUUGUAAAGAACUAUGUAUAUUUACAGUACUGUAUACAUUUUAAUAGUGUUGAAUUCUUAGGCUUUUAGUACUGUCAUGUUACAAAUGAAUGUAUAUGGUACAUUCCUCAGACUUUUUGUAAGGUUGCUUAAAACAGUGUCUUUUGCCAGACAUUUGUUGAAGUGCACUUUGUUUCUAAAACAAUGUGUAUUUGGAGUGUUUUUAAGAACAUGAAAAUAUGCAAUCGUUUUCUAAUUUGUAUUGUGCUUCAAUUGGAGCAGUAAUUUUAUUUUAGAAUGAAUUUUCCAGAAAUGAAGGGGUCUUCAACUGGGAAAAAAAUUGAGCAUUUACUUUACCAAACAGUUCAUCAAAUAUUUGUCUUUCCAAAAUAUUCUUAGUAGUGAUAACUUCUUAAGAUCUGCCUCCUUUUUUUCCCAGUAGGAGUGCCCCCGAUUAGAUUUCAUGGAAUAAUUGUCAGGGCAUAGUUCUCUCAUUUCACCAGCAGGUGCAACUUUUGUGAUGCCUCUAUCUGAUGAGAAGCACACAGGGAACUGGAAUAUUUAAUAACUGACAUCCCCAUCUCCAAACAAUGCAUAGGAACCAGUAUGCCUCCAAAGCAAGUUCAUCUCUACUUCCAGGACUGCCUUUUUAAUUUACUCUUUAAUAUAGCAACUGAGUCUUCUCCCUCUUCCUUAACACAAAAGUUGAACAUUCUUAGUGGAUAAAUGUCAAGAGGGUCACAACUCCAGCUCGUCAGUCAGGAGCCUGUAGGAAGUUAUCAGAGACAUUGGGAGGUUGCAGAUAUCAGCAAGACAUGGAAUCCACAUUGGCGGGAGCAUUGUGGUGACAUGGUGUGAUGAUCUGGAACUGGAAAUAUAAAAGAUGCACAUAAGUCAAGUUAAUAUUUUCAUGUAUUCAAAUUGGAUACUGAACUCUAACUUGCCAUGACCUGAGAUUGUUUAAAGUAGGAUGUCUGUGAUUGCUUGCAUGUAUCUGUGUAAGGGAAUUCAUCACCAGGAAACUUAACUAGUCCACCUAUACUCUAAUUGGACAGGGAUCUAAUUUAGUAGGUAUAUCACCUAUACUGUAUUCCAUCCACAAUUUGGAAUUACUGAAUAUAUUUGUCUAAAACUAGAACUCCUACUGUAUUUCAUUAAUUCAGUAAGUAGUCAUAAGAGCUUUAGUUUUUUUCCUAAAGCCCUAAGUCAAACUUAAUUCAGUUAAGUUUGAUGUUUCUGGUGAAAGACGAUCUGCAAGUAAUUGCUCCUUGAACUUGCUCAUUGAGCUACCAUUAAUAUUUGAACACUUCUUGUUCUUUCAGUCACCACGUGGGAUCAUCUGGUGUUUAAAAUGAACACAUUAAAAACUUAACAGGGAAAUAUGUAUUACAGCUUUGACCCCACUGGUGGGACUUUGCCUUUGGCAACUACAGAGGCAGCUUUGGGAUUGCGUUGGUCUAAUGCUUAGGCAACAUUUAAUCCACAGAAAUAAUUUAUUCAAACUUGAUUGGUGUUGAGCAAAACCAGAAUGAGUAAACUACUACUCACAAUCAAACUGUUUGACUUUGAUAAUGGCAACCCUAGUGCUAACUCUUUAAUAAACUUGGUUGCAUUGAUUGGAUUCAGCACAUUAAACUUUUUUCAUUGUAUACGUUAAACUAUUUAAGAAAAUGUUGAAUUAAAGAAAUCAAUGUUAUGUAUUGUGUAUUUAAAAAAGUUAUUGGUUUAAAAAAAAAACCUAAAAUCCCAUAAGUUGUAUGGUCCUAUUAAAUGUAAUGGUAUUAGAAAACUUGACUGCUUUCU